AAACCGAGUCCCUCCCCCGCUCCUGGGAACUUUUAUCAUUCCAGACGUGAUCAAGACUGGAGUUUGAACCGCAGGGAGUAGCUAGCUGCACGCCCACCACUUUCCUCAUGGUGUCGGUGACCAGAACCGUGUUUGGAGAGCUGCCCUCGGGGGGAGGGACAGUGGAGAAGUUCCAGCUUCGGUCAGACCGGCUGACUGUGGACAUCAUCUCCUGGGGCUGCACGAUCACUGCUCUGCAUGUCCCAGACAGGCAGGGGAGAGCCUCAGACGUGGUGCUCGGCUUUGCCGAGUUGGAAGGUUACCUUCAGAAGCAACCCUACUUUGGAGCAGUGGUUGGGAGGGUAGCCAAUCGAAUUGCCAAAGGAAGAUUCACAGUGGAUGGGAAGGAGUACCAUCUGCCCAUCAACAAAGAGCCCAACAGUCUCCAUGGAGGAUUCAGAGGGUUUGAUAAGGUCCUCUGGACCCCUCAGGUGUUGUCCAACGGUGUCCAGUUCUCUCGAGUCAGUCCAGACGGAGAGGAAGGCUACCCUGGAGAGCUGAAAGUCUGGGUGACGUAUACCCUGGAUGGUGGAGAGCUUGUAAUCAACUACAGAGCACAGGCCAGCCAGACCACACCGGUUAAUCUGACCAACCACUCUUACUUCAACUUAGCAGGCCAGGGCUCCCCAAAUAUAUAUGACCAUGAAGUCACCAUAGCAGCCGAGACCUAUUUGCCUGUUGAUGAGACUCUGAUUCCUACAGGAGUCAUUGCUCCAGUAGAAGGAACUGCGUUUGACCUGAGAAACCCAGUGGAGCUUGGAAAACACCUGCAGGAUCAUCACAUCCAUGGUUUCGACCACAAUUUCUGUCUGAAGGGAUCGAAAGAAAAGCAUUUUUGUGCAAGGGUGCGCCAUGCUGGAAGUGGGAGGGUCCUGGAAGUAUACACCACCCAACCUGGCGUCCAGUUUUACACAGGCAACUUCCUGGAUGGCACUCUGAGGGGCAAGAGUGGAGAAGUCUACCCCAAGCACUCUGGUUUCUGCCUCGAGACUCAAAACUGGCCUGAUGCGGUCAAUCAGCCCCAGUUCCCUCCUGUGCUGCUGGGGCCUGGGGAGGAGUACAACCACACCACCUGGUUCAAGUUCUCUGUUGCUUAAAGAAGACUGAAGAUGUGACCUGGUCCGGGCCAGGCUGGGUCCCCACUUGCCUGCCUGGAGAAGACCUAGAUGCAUUAAAAGUGACCUUUGUGUUGUCAUACAAACUGUAGCUGCCAUAA